AUGGCAAAGGCUCAAUCUGCCAGCCCCUUCACCGUCAGGGUGAACCACCACCUCCCGGACCCGAGGGUCGAAGACCCUUACAACGUCCGCAAUCUGCAGUCGAGGAAGCAGCCUCAGCCAAAGACAAUGGUGUGUCGUCUCGAAUGUGACCACGCAGAAUUCCCUGCCGGCCAGAACGUCCUCUCCGCGGGAUUCUCACCGAGCAUCCAGACCAGACUGUACCAAAGUCUUACGAACCUCAGGCCACCGGAAGGGAUGACUGCCGCGCUGGGAGUCUUUCACAAUGACAGCUCGAGUAUCAAGCCGACACCGGAGCUGGUUGAUCGGGUUCCCGACCUCACGGAGAUGUACCUCUCCCGGCCUGCCGAUAUAAGUACCCCAGGCUCUGGUUUUCCCGCACCUACAAAGUCAGCGAACGAUUGA